GCAGAUGAAAUGGCCACUGCUUGAUGUUCAGGCAGGGAGCCUUCAGAGUAGACAAGCCCUCAAGGAUGCUAGGUCUCCAUCUCCAGCACACAUUGUUUCUAACAAAGUGCCAGUUGUGCAGCACCCACACCAUGUACACCCUCUUACACCGCUUAUCACGUACAGCAAUGAGCACUUCACACCGGGAAACCCUCCUCCACACUUACCAGCCGACGUAGAUCCCAAAACAGGAAUUCCAAGGCCUCCACAUCCUCCAGAUAUAUCUCCUUAUUAUCCGUUAUCACCAGGCACUGUAGGACAAAUCCCCCAUCCGCUAGGAUGGUUAGUACCACAGCAAGGUCAGCCAGUAUACCCAAUCACGACAGGGGGUUUCCGCCACCCUUACCCAACAGCUCUGACCGUCAAUGCUUCCAUGUCAAGCUUUCUCUCCUCUAGGUUUCCUCCACACAUGGUCCCGCCACACCAUAGUUUACAUACAACUGGAAUCCCUCAUCCGGCCAUAGUCACACCAACAGUCAAACAGGAAUCUUCCCAGAGCGACGUUGGCUCACUCCACAGCUCAAAACAUCAGGACUCCAAAAAAGAAGAAGAGAAAAAGAAGCCACACAUAAAGAAACCUCUUAAUGCAUUUAUGUUGUAUAUGAAGGAAAUGAGAGCAAAAGUUGUAGCAGAAUGCACAUUGAAAGAGAGCGCAGCCAUCAACCAAAUCCUUGGUCGAAGGUGGCAUGCGUUAUCCAGAGAAGAACAAGCGAAAUACUAUGAACUAGCAAGAAAGGAACGACAGCUUCAUAUGCAGCUGUACCCAGGCUGGUCUGCACGGGAUAACUAUGGAAAGAAGAAGAAGAGGAAAAGGGAUAAGCAGCCAGGAGAGACCAAUGACCUGAGCGCUCCUAAGAAAUGCCGAGCGCGCUUUGGCCUUGAUCAACAGAAUAACUGGUGCGGCCCCUGCAGGAGAAAAAAAAAGUGCGUUCGCUACAUACAAGGUGAAGGCAGCUGCGUCAGCCCACCCUCUUCAGAUGGAAGCUUACUAGACUCUCCUCCGCCCCCCCCCGCCAUACUCGCCUCCCCCUCCAGAGACUCGAAACCACAGACUGAACAAACGCAACCCCUCUCGCUCUCAUUGAACCCGCCGGCCGCCGCCGCAGCCCCAGCACAGCCCUCGACGUCCUCCUUGCAUUCCCACAGCUCACUGGCAGGGACACAGCCCCAGCCGCUCUCCCUCGUAACCAAGUCCUUAGAAUAGCUUUAGCCUCGUUAGCCCUUUUGGUUUCCUUUGGGGGGAUUGAAUUCUGUUGGGAUUUGUUUUGGGGUUUUUUUUUCCUUUAAUUUUUUUUUUCCCUUCUCCUCCUCCUUGUCGUCCGCUGUUUGUUGUUGUUUCUCGGUUUCGUUUUUAAUUCGUGCCACGUGGCUACAUUAGUUGAUGUUUUAUCGAGUUCAUUGGUCAAUAUUUGACCCAUUCUUAUUUCAAUUUCUCCUUUUUAAAUAUGUAGAUGAGAAAAGCCUCAUGAUUCUGCCAAAAUUUUUAUCAACAGCUGUUUAAAGUCUUUGUAGCGUUUAAAAAAUAUAUAUAUAUACAUAAUUGUUAUGUAGUUCCAAUAGCUUAGUUUUAAAGACUGAUUUUAAAAAUUAAAAAAAAAAAAAGAAGCAAUUUUGAAGCAGCCCUUGCCGGAGGCAUUGGUUCUUUAUUAUUUGUAUUAAAUACGAGCUUGCGAACCAAUCAUUUUACAUCUGGUUUUUAAACCUUUAAGGGCACAAUGAAUGCAGUGCCGCUACUACUUCUUUUUUUUUUCUUCCUUGUGUGAAACAACCUUAUUGUGAUGUUACUUGUUAUUGUUUAAAUGUACAGAAACAAAGGGUUAAAAAAAAUGUGUUAAUAUACCUUGUUCCAUGGUGUUGUUCUUUUUGGGGGAGGGAACGCUACUCAACAAUUAAAAGUAUCACAACGCUAUUGGACCAGUAGUAUUUAUUGCUUUAGAAAUUGCUUGUUGUAUCUGUAUGUUGUCCCUUUUUAAAUGUUUUUUUCUUCUUCUUUUCUUGAAACAUUGUAUAAAGGGUUUUUUUUUUCCCCUUAGUGUAAGCAUCUUAUAUAUAACAACUCAUUUGUACAAGGUUUUUAAGUUUAUAUAUAAAUGUGUAUAUAUAUAUUUUUUCCGGAAUUUUUGUUUUUGAUUUCCUUUCGUG